AUGGCUGAGUGUCUCCCAAGAUGGGGUCCCGUCGCUUACGACUUCCGGUACGACGUGAAAGACGACUACACAGGUGCCAACUUCGGCCACCAGGAGGCCAGCGACGGCUACAAGACGGAGGGCUUCUACUACGUCCCGCUUCCCGACGGCCGCCUGCAGAAGGUGUCCUACCACGUCGACGGCGACUCCGGCUUCGUGGCGGAGAUCUCAUACGAAGGAGUGGCCCACUACCCAGCCCUCGCUCCUAGCCUUCCCUACAAGCCCCCACACACUCCUAGCCUCCCCUACAAGCCCCCACACACUCCUAGCCUCCCCUACAAGCCCCCACACACUCCUAGCCUCCCCUACAAGCCCCCACACACUCCUAGCCUCCCCUACAAGCCUCUAAACACUCCUCUAGAUUUCCACCCGUCUCUGCUUUACCAUCCAACACCAGGCUAUAUCUAA